UGGAUAAGACACCUUUGGUGUGCGUGUGAGAGACCCGGGUUCGAAUCGCGGCAGAAUUGUUCAUAAGCUUCUAAUGACUUAGCUUCUGAACUCUUCCGUUGCAUUGUGUGGGCAGUAACGUUAUAGGCACUGAAUACAAUAAGCAGCUUUGAACACCGGCACAAUGACUGAUGCGAAGCCAAGACCUGGAGGAUGGAGUGAAGAGGCGCCUGUCACUGAAGAGGUGAAGAAGAUCUGCAUUGAAGCAGGGAAGCAGGCUGGAGUCAAGUUUGAUGUUUGCGUUCCUGAAACCUUUAAGCAUCAGAUUGUGGCAGGAAAAAACUAUCUGGUCAAGGUGAAGAUCUCAGAGGAUAAUAAGUACCUUCAUGUGAAUAUAUAUCAAGCUCUCCCUGUCGAUGGAGGGGAUCUGUCUGUGACUGGAGUCCAGUACCCUAAACCCCGCACUGACCCUCUGGUCCCCUUCUGAACACUUCUAACCGCAUGCAGAAAAUAGUCUGAUAUAAUAACAGACACACAAUGAUCUGCCAUACUGUAUAGAGGAACUAUUGAAAACUGUUUCAUUCCUCAAUAAACUCAAUAUUCAAACCCUCA